GAUUCCCGAAAGGAUGAAACGCGCGUAGUGCUUUUCCUUGCGUGUGACGGCUGUCUGACCUGAAGGUUUCAUUGCCGUCACUGACUCGCCGUGCAAUUUUCCAUUACUUUCUGCUUCUGGGACAUCUUUUUGACGCUUCUCUGAUGCGCUACACCAGUAAGGAUUUGGGAAACACCGACUCUUUGGUUACCUUGGUUGAUCUGAUACUAGAAAUUUUCUCGAGAAGCAUUUCUACGACCCCGCUGCACAACUGGGACGCGGGCCGGCAAUGUUCUGCUCUUCAAGGUUUGCAGACCCUCCUUCUUCUAUUCAGGCAUCAUUGGCUUUGUGCGAAAACGGAUAGAGUGCUCCUCGUGGAUGGUUUUCAACGUUUGUCCGAAUUAUGCAGUUCUAUACGCACUGGUUUGUUCCAAAUGCUUUAUACCGAUUCUCUCCCCUCUGUUGCCAAUCUGGCAAAUCGCCACCAGCGCUUAUCAUCCAUUGGAUGGAAAAUGGAUUUACUCAACUCAACCUUUCAGUUUGGGUUGGACAUGGUCGAUUGGUCUGUGGGCACUCCACCGGAGUCUCUACUUCGCAUGCUCUCCAUUUGUUUUGAUUCCAUGUUUUUCCAGUCAGUUCGGUGGCCGAAUCAAGAUUCAUGGUACACCUUCCUUACGCGACUGUUGGAAUUAUCUUCGUGUGUGGGUCUAUGGAAUGAAUCAACCAAUCAGCUACAAAAUGUUCUCUGGUCAACUGUAUAUCCGUCUCUGAAAGAAUACACCUCCAUAGACUCGGUUGAAUGCAGCUCAACACCUCGUCACGUCUCUCGUGCUUUGGCGACAAUAGCUUUGGCUUUUGUCGAGCUGUCGUGUUUUGGAUCUUCCGUCAAAUCGACCGAUUUUACCACCUCUAUUCCAACACCUCUGACGAUCAUAGAGCAUUUCUCCACCAGUGCCGCCGUCACUCACGCCCUGCGCUUUGCGUUCAUCGAGUCGCUAUUCUCCUGUACUGGUCCCCUCGAGAGAAUAUUGUUAUCAAUCACUAGAGACCAGACAACCGUCACGGAUAUCGCUUGGCACUUCACUGUACUCCGGCUUGCUUAUUGUCUUCUCGUAAGGCCUGCAUUGGAUGACCAUGGGUCAAACCAGCUUAAUUCGUCCGAAACGCCAUUAACUUGCACCACAUCAUGGCUUGCAUACUUCCCACCCGAAUUCUCCUCUUUUCUCACCACUGAUCCGGAAUUGGCUUUGAUGGCUUUGACAGCAAAAUUUGAUGGAUUCCAGACAUUUCAGGAGCGCAUGGCAUACAAAACACUUCUCUGUGAUCGCCUUGGCCCUCUAUGCUCACUGCUAUGUGAUUUAUGCUCCGUGUCCACCGUAGCCAAGGAACGUGGUUCCGGCCUUUACCAUUGUCUUGUUCCUGGCUUACAACAAGAUGCACUCUGCACAAUUGGUUAUAGAGCUGUUUCUUUAAUAGUGCGACAUUGUUCACGCCUCAUUUACUCUCCGUUCACGAGUGGCUCUGCAGCUUCUUCCCUCGAACUAUUUAUUGCCAAUUUCUUGCUUCCGCGUCAGCUGUAUGAGUGGGAAAAGUCGCGGUGGUCCGGGUUAGACCAAAUGCCUCUUCCGACCUUCGUCAUUGACUGCAUGUGCGAUAGGCUCACGGAUUUCAUUGUCGGUCUGGCUCAGUUACCGUGGCGAAGCGAUUCAUACAUUAGUCGUGUCCUGAAGGAUACAGUCAAGUUAUACCACACUCACCUUGGCAGCGAGUGUCUUGCAACAGCUAUAUUGAAUAGUCCGGUGACCGAGUUUCGGGCUCGUCUUCUAUACCUGGCGAUGGCGGAGUCGGUGAACGAACUUAGCGAUGACCAAGUGACCGUUCAAAAGACUAAACACGCCUUCACGAAGUGGCUCCAGUUGUGCAAGCUGAUUCACAAUGGCACACGAUCGCUUGAGACGCAUCAGCGUGAUGCGCCUUACGUUGUGGCUCCAAUUCUGCUGGCGCUUAGCACGAAGACAUCUUCUACCGAUGGACUGAGAAAUGAUUGUAACGCCAUUGUCAACGAGUAUAAGCAAGCAAUCAAUGAGAUAUCUUCGGUUGAGAUGAAGCUACAGCUGAAAGAGGACUGCAGAACCAUUGCACAAAACUACAAGUCUAUUCCUGAUUUGCAUAAAUUCUUUGGUAUAUAAACUAUGAGGUGCAUUC